UCUGUUCGUGUCAGACUUGCCACUCACUGUCACGCAGGGAUUCUUGCUCUGGUAAAAUUCGGAUUCUAGAACAGUGUUGCAUGAGCUUUGUGGGUCGCGAUUACGAAGUCAGCUCGAACAUACUCUUUGGAGUGAUCUCAUCCCAGCUCCCAGGAGGAACACGCUGUGGACACCGGAGGCCAUUGGCAUGUUGCUCGACAAUAGAGCAGGGAAGUGCACCCGCGUUUGUGGAGCUGAUCGAGGUCGUGUACGAUAGAUACUCUUAGAGGUAGCAGCUGUACGCAGAGAAGAACUAGAGAAGCUCUGACAGCAGCAAAGUUGGCAAUGGUACCAGAGGUUCGUGCCAGAGGCGAUAGGCCAAGGGCUGCUAAAGCUGACGUAAUCCAGGAGAGGUUUCUAGAAUUCGAAGAGAAGGGGCCCAACUUCAAACCUGUAAUCAUCCUGAAAACUGUACCGGAUUCCGUUACACUCGAGCAGAUCAGAAGACUAUUCACUACAUUUUGUAAGGAACGGGAGCCCUGGCUGAAGAGUAUCGAUGAAAUUCAGUGGCUUCGGCACAAGUCGGGUGGUUACAGGAAGAUGUUGCUCGCAGAAGUCUCUCCUCCUGACAGCGAUCCUUCUCUCGCCCGACUGCCUCCCCGCAUCAGCCUUCCAAAACUAGGCGAGAUCAUAGUCGGGUGCACUCGACACACUUGCGACAUCUGCCACAAGAAGGGUCAUCACGCUUCAGUUCACGACCAGUUCACUGUAAAGAAAAUCGAUCCGAAGAGAUCGCAACAGAAUGCGGACGAGAUGACGCCGAAAACUCCUGCGCUCAAGGCCAUUCUUCAGGAUCCGUUGCUCAAGCUGCAAGACCAUCCAGCCAAGAAGGAAGCUUGGAGGUGCGAUAUGUGCAAGAAAAGGGGGUUUGGUCAUUUCACGGCUCUGAAUCAUAUAAAGAGGACGACUUCGCAUCAAACGCAAUUACAAAUCUUCAAACAAAACUCCAAGAGCCUGAAAGCUCCGACCUGACCACGUUUGGUGUUCACAUAAGCAGUAGAUGCAGGGACGUAUAGAUGUUAGGACCAGCCAUUACUGUCUAGUAUUUUAUGUCCAAAUAAAUGUGCAGUCAGUGACAGGACUGGAUCCUAUAGGACGUAAAUCUUAGGAAUCGAUUUAGUAGUUAGAUGAAAUUCCUCAAACAGAGUAAAGAAGUACGAGUAGAUUUUUUCAACAGAUUGAAAGAAGCUCGAAAGGCAGUAUCCUUAUGUAAUUUAGCAGAAUAGAUUGCAACUCGGCCAUGUUGUAUCAAGAUCAAUUUGUACACAUAUUCAGGUCUUGGACUAAGCACCUUGGCUUGGAAUUCUUUCAGUGGUAGCAUAAUGCUGCGAAUGCUGCUACUGGAGAAGAUUAUAUGGAAGGAAAUGGUGCACCCGAUUGGCAUCAUUACGCUUGCUUUGUA